CAGUGAAGUAAUUGAUGAGAAGGUCACAGUCGAGUCGGUGCACAUGGUAAGUAAGUAGACAGCUCUUUAGUUAGGUACUAUUAUUAAGUUAGAGUACAAUAACUACUUUUUAUUGCUUUCUUUUGCGUUUCUGUAGUCAUUAAUUGACAGUUUUUUGAUCACGACCAGCAAAAAUUUGCUUUUCUUACAGAAGAAGAAAUAAUUUCGUUAUAGUCCUGCGGAGCCAUUUUACAGCAGAUUAAAUUUGAAAAUGGACAUAAUGGGAAAACAUUUGAUGCUUUUGAUGAUUAUACUGAGUUUUGUUGAAGUCUUCAGUUAUGAAGCGAAAACGACAAGUAACUAUGAAAAUUUUCGAUCGCCCUAUGCAAAGAGAAGAUAUUGUAGAAACAUGAGCUGGAUGAACAAAUAUCAGAGAUCGUAUUGCUAUCGUUUUCCCGAAAUGAUUGAUGUUAUCAAAGAAGGUGUGAACACGGCCUUAAGUAAAUGUAGAGAAAGGUUUAUCAACCGCAAGUGGAACUGCUCUCCUUUGAAUUGGGUACAAGUCUUGAGUGAUGAAAGAUUGCUGAGAAAAGCUUCGGCAGAAACAGCGUACGUUCACGCAUUGACUGCAGCCAGUGUCAUGAUAAGUAUUGCAUUUGGCUGUAAGGAUAAGCCAACUACCUAUUGUGGCUGCGGGAUGGUGGAGCAGAGUGGUGAUCCAGGAAUAUUGGAAGGUUGUUCACCCAACGUCAAAUUCGGAGAAUUUCUCGCGAAAGGCUUCAUGGGACCGAAUAAAGCGAGAUCUCACAAGAAAAAAGCGAAGCAACAUAAUCAAAUGAUUGGUUUCGAGCUCGUGGAAAGAAGCGUGUUUCGACAAUGCCAAUGUGUUUCACCCUUGAUGAAAAUCUGCUAUCAAAAAGUAUGUAUUUGGCGUCUCCCAUUCAACCUGGAGAAAAUCGAAGAGGAAAUUUGGAAUCUUUAUCUAAACCCAACGCGAACACGCUGGAACAGAACGAGCAAAGAAUUGUAUCCAAAAAUCAAAAUGUCUUCGCGUACAAAAAAGAGAGUGCUUUCUGACGAUAGAAAAUCAAAGGAAAACUUGUAUACUUCAAGCGAUCGGAAAAUUUUUGCAAACCAAAUUACUCAAGGGGAAUUAUGGGAACGUCAGGUCGCACAUGCAACAGCACUUCUCAAGGACCAGAUAACUGCAACAAAUUGUGCUGUGGCCGUUCCUUUGAGACAGAAGUGUCCGUAGUCAAUGUGAAAUGUAAUUGCCGUUUUGUGUGGUGCUGUCGAGUCCACUGUCAGAUGUGUAAAGAAGAGAGAACC